UGUUAAGUUAUAGUCUAAUGGGUCCAGAGCAGCUCUCAGGAGGAAGCGGUCCACAUCUGAUUCUUCAGUGAGAAGUUGAGUCAGGAAGCUAAGUGAGCAAUGGGUGCUGAUAAUUCUACAACUGAAGAUAUGAUGGCCGUGGAUAUCCACUACUGGUAUAAUAAGUUUAUGCGCGACUCUCCAUCUGGUCUUAUAACCUUGUAUGAACUUAAAGCAAUCCUCGGUCUUCAGGGACUGAAUGAAGAAGCAAAUGGAUAUAUUGAACAAGUAUUUGCAACGUUUGACAUGAAUAAGGAUGGGUACAUAGACUUUAUGGAAUACGUUGCUGCACUAAGCUUGAUCUUAAAAGGAAAAAUUGACCAGAAGUUGAAGUGGUACUUCAAAUUAUAUGAUGCUGAUGGAAAUGGAAAGAUUGACAGAGAAGAAUUGCUUAGCAUAUUUAAGGCAGUACAAGCAAUCAAUAAGCAUACUGACAUGUCACCAGAAGAGAUCACAGCCUUGGUAUUUGAUAUGAUAGACAAAAAUGGAGAUGGUGAAUUGACAUUAGAAGAGUUCAUCAGUGGAACGCAAGAACACCAGAUGAUCAUGGACAUAAUCAAAAAGACCCUCGACCUUUCAAAUGUCCUGAAAGUCAUCAAAAGCGGCAGAAGGAACAGUGUUUAAUGAACACUCUUUGCAGACCAGGUUACAGGACCGGGCUGAAGAGCUAGGAAAGCUCCAUUACUUUGUUUGGGAUUUGGGGAUUGUUAAACACUGUAGGGGAAGAAACCUCUCUAAGCUUGCACUGUUUUCCUAUAUUGAUUAUGACUAAAUAAAUAUACAGGAAAGCUACUGAAGAAAGAACUAGAACAUGGAAAUAUUCUGUACUCUUCUGAUGCCACAUGAUAAAUGGUGUGGUGUCUGGAAUAAAAACAAACCAGGUUUCCAGUGGUUUCUAAUGCAAGCUAAUGACUGGUGGCUUCUGCAAAAUUUCAGAAGCUACUUUCAUUUACAAAUAUAAAUGUUAAUCUUGGGUCAUAUUGUUUGUCACAGCAGCUUAUAAAAAUCAAUAAUCUUUUAUGUUUUUAGGAAUAUUACAUUUGCAAUUUUCUAGGUAUUCUUACUUUGAAGACACACAUCACAUCGACAUUGCAUCUAUAUUUAAUUCUCUGUCCACAGUCCAAAAUGGACUAUUAUUCAUGAGUGCUGGCUUACACCGGUUUUAGCUUUUAAAAGUGUGCAAAUCUAAUUAAGUUUAUUAUUGUAACAGAAUUGUACAGCAAAUUUUACUAGAGAAAAAUAAUUUGCUUCACUAACCGACUCCAUUAGAAAGUGGUUUCAACUACAGUACACAGUGGCUUAUUACUACAUUAUUAUUAGUCAAUUGUCAAAACACUGGCUAAAAAAUGCCCUUGCCUGCCUGGAACCUCAUAAUACUGUAUCUGUAUUAUCACUGUGCACUACAACGAGAACAAUGGAAAAUGUAUUUUUAAGGAACUAUGCAAGAGCCCUAGGUUUAUUUCAAGCAAGUCUGGCUGAGAUAUUUCAUUUUAUGUUUGAGUGGCUGCAUGAACUAAUACAAAUAAACAAAUCAUUUGAAAAAUGAGUGAGAAAAAGAGUUGCAUGGCUUUCAUGGUCAAGAAGACACAGAUGCAGAAGUAGAACGGUGCAAUGUGAUGGUGGCAAUUCUGUGAAACUACUGCAGAAAAACAUUAUUAUGUCUUGUUGUGUUCCUCCCACUUGCCCUUCAAAAGGGAAACACAGAUCCGCCACCAAGUACAACAAUACAAUUACAAUCCAUUUCAAUGGAAGUUGUUUGUAUAAAAAGGCCCUUAACAUGCAAUAGUCAUUAUUGAACUGUGCUGGUCACAGUCCAAAUAUCAAUGUUUAAAAUGUAAA